AUGGCCGAAGAGGACAUCAUUGAGAUGAAUACGGCGGUUUCAUCUGAGCCAUCAACAAGUCCAACAUCAGCCCCGGCCCAAUCCCAGUCGGCAGCUACUUCGGGCUCCAGCGUUGAUACAUCCCAGAAUAACGACGUAGUACACCAUCAGGCAUCAAGGGCCCAGACAACAGAGCGGGCCCAGCUCAACGGACAGCCGGAUUCGGCUCGCUCACAAACGAGCCCCGGACAAGAUCCCAACUCCUUUGGUGCUACAGCAGAUAACGCAACGCGAGUGGCAUAUGCGGCGCUGACACGCGUCUGGAAUCUGCGGUACCAAGUCCGGCAGCGGGAAGGGCUGGUCAUCCCACCGGCUGAGCCUCGCCGUGAGACGGCCAUGGCGACGUACCACGGGCAGUCAAUGACUGAUGGCCCGUACCACAACGUUCGCGCUGUUCGCCAGGGGCAAGCCCAACCCGGAAAGCCCCUGACCAACGGGGACCAUACACAUGGCCAAGGUGAUGAUGAGAGUAACGACGGGUCUGUAAGCAGCACGGGCGCUACGGGCAACCAAACCAUAUAG